CCGCCCCCCCGCGCGCUCGCAGGCAGGCAGGCAGGCAGGCACGGGCUGGGGCUCAGUGGGUCGGACGCAGCCAUGGCGGAGGGAGGCGAGGGAGAGGAGCUGCUCCGGCCGCCGCUGCCCGCCGCGGGGUCACCGGGCCCGAAGCGCCUGUGCUCGCGGGUGGUGGGGGUGGCGCUGCCCCGCUCGGGGGGCUGCCCGGGGGGUCCCGUCGGAGCGGCUGCGGCGGGCGGCGGCGGCACAGCAGGCGGCGGCGGCGGCGCCGGAGUCGGGACGCGGGGGUGCUGCCCCCCAGGCGGGCCGGGCACGGGGCCUGGCUGCGGGCCGGAGGGGCCCCUGCUGCCCCUGCUGCAGCCCGAGUCGUUGCUGGACGCCGCGGCGAAGCGGGUAGCGGGCAGCUGGGCCUUCGAGCGGGUGGAGGGCCGCUUCCAGCGCAUCCCGGAGCCCGUCCAGCGCCGCAUCGUCUACUGGAGCUUCCCCCGCAGCGAGCGCCAGAUCUGCAUGUAUUCCAGCUUCCAACCCGGGCGCACCGGCAGCGGGCCGUCCGGAGGCGGCGCGGGAGCUGCGGGCAAUGGAGUGGGCAUCGGGGCUGGCGGAGAGGACAGCCCGGCAGCUACUGGACCAGCCGCCCCCUCGGGCGCGCCCGGCACUGCCCCCCUGCCGGCUACGGGCGCCCCCGCCAGUGUCGCGGUCACCGAGGGGCUCCCUUUCCGUAGAGGCAUCCGCCUGCUGGAGACUGGCGCCGUGGACAACGUGCUUCAAGUGGGAUUUCAUCUGAGCGGCACAGUAACAGAACCAGCCACUGCAACAGAACCAGAAAUGACCUACAAAGUGGCCAUCAGUUUCGACCGGUGCAAAAUAACUUCUGUGACAUGUGGUUGUGGGAACAAGGACAUUUUUUACUGUGCUCAUGUUGUAGCACUCUCACUGUACAGAAUUCGCAAACCUGAUCAGGUUAAACUCUGUCUUCCUAUCUCAGAGACCCUUUUUCAAAUGAAUAGGGACCAGCUCCAAAAAUUUGUUCAGUAUUUAAUCACCGCCCAUCACACUGAAGUGCUCCCGACAGCCCAAAAACUGGCUGAUGAAAUCCUGUCCUCCAACUCUGAAAUCAAUCAAGUUCAUGGUGCACCAGAUCCUACAGCAGGGGCCAGCAUUGAUGACGAGAAUUGCUGGCAUUUGGAUGAGGAACAGGUACGAGAGCAAGUGAAGCUCUUCCUCUCCCAAGGAGGGUACUAUGGCUCUGGGAAGCAACUCAAUUCCAUGUUUGCAAAGGUCCGUGAAAUGCUGCGCAUGAGAGAUUCCAAUGGAGCCAGAAUGCUGACACUAAUAACUGAACAGUUUAUGGCGGAUCCACGACUCGCUCUCUGGAGACAGCAGGGAACAGGCAUGACAGACAAGUGCCGGCAGCUCUGGGAUGAGCUGGGGGCCCUGUGGGUGUGUGUCGUGUUAAAUCCGCACUGCACACUAGAAGAGAAGGCUUGCUGGCUGCGGCAGCUCCGGAAGUGGGGUGAUAUGGAUGUUUGCCCAUUGGAAGAUGGAAAUUACGGCAAUGAACUUCCCAACAUCACUAGUGCCCUUACUCAGAGCUCCAGUCACAGGCAAAACUCCUUAGCAAGGCCGAGACGCACAGUGUUCACUCGUGCCAUUGAAGGCUGUGACCUGCACUGGCAAGAUAGCCACCUACAGCGGAUAAUCAGCAGCGACUUCUACAUCUCUCCCUCUUACCAAAGGGAUGGUGAGGGCCUUCUCUUCAACUCACAAGGACAGCCAUUGUGGCUGGAACAUGUCCCUACAGCUUGUGCGCGUGUUGAUGCCCUCCGCUCCCAUGGAUACCCCAAGGAAGCUCUCCGUUUGACUGUGGCUAUAAUUAACACCCUGAGAUUGCAACAGCAGAGGCAGCUAGAGAUAUACAAGCAUCAGAAGAAAGAACUGCUGCAGAGAGGAGCAACUACCAUUACAAAUCUGGAAAGCUGGGUGGGACAUCCCCUCAACCCCAUUGGCUGCUUAUUUCUCACUUUGACAGAAUCAUGUCGAGUAGAGGAUGAAAACUGCCUUGAAAUUUCAGAUGCUGGUGACUCCAAGCCUCCAGUGUAUCAGCACGUGCCUGUGGCCAACAGUUGCCCUGAAGGUGGGGAAUCCUACCUAUCCCUGGCUCUGGAAGUGGCAUUGAUGGGGAUGGGGCAGCAGCGGGUGAUGCCAGAAGGCCUUUAUGCUCAAGACAAAGUCUGGCGCAACGAGGAGCAGAUAAUUGCCCGUCUGCAGGAGUUGGAGCUGGAUGCUGUGCUGGUGCAGACUUUAGGCAAGCAGUGCAUCUUGCUCCUGGAAGGUGGCCCAUUCAGUGGCCUUGGUGAGGUGAUCCAUCGUGAAAGUGUGCCCAUGCACACCUUUGCCAAGUACCUGUUUUCUUCCUUGCUGCCCCAUGAUGCUGACCUCGCCUAUAAACUGGCACUGCGCUCCAUGAGACUGCCAGUUCUGGAGGCAACUCCCUCAGGUGAUGUCACACAUCCUCACCACAUUGUUUCAGUGGUGCCUAGCAGGUACCCACGCUGGUUUACUCUGGGACACUUGGAGUCACAGCAGUGUGAGCUGGCUUCUACUAUGCUGACAGCAGCCAAAGGGGACAUGCUGCGUCUACGUACAGUCCUGGAAGCAAUUCAGAAGAACAUCCAUUCCUCCUCCCUCAUCUUCAAACUGGCCCAGGAUGCCUUCAAGAUUGCAACGCCUGCUGACAACAGCUCUGACACAACCCUGCUCAACGUGGCACUGGAGCUGGGGCUGCAGGUGAUGCGCAUGACCCUAUCAACCCUCAACUGGAGACGGAGGGAGAUGGUGCGAUGGCUGGUGACCUGUGCUACUGAAGUGGGUGUACGGGCCCUCGUCAGCAUUUUGCAGAGCUGGUAUACACUCUUCACCCCUACUGAAGCUACCAGCAUUGUAGCAGCAACUGUGAUGUCCCACAACACCAUCUUGCGCCUCAGCCUGGACUAUCCACAGAGAGAAGAGCUGGCCAGCUGUGCCCGCACAUUGGCCCUACAGUGUGCCAUGAAGGAUCCCCAGAACUGUGCACUCUCAGCUCUGACUCUGUGUGAGAAGGACCACAUCGCCUUUGAGACUGCCUACCAAAUUGUGAUAGAUGCUGCUUCCACAGGCAUGACUUACUCACAGCUCUUCACCAUUGCACGGUACAUGGAGCACCGUGGCUACCCUCUGAGGGCCUUCAAACUGGCAUCCCUUGCCAUGACCCACCUUAACCUUGCCUAUAAUCAAGACACACACCCCGCCAUCAAUGAUGUGCUUUGGGCAUGUGCACUCAGUCACUCCCUGGGCAAGAAUGAGCUGGCAGCCAUUAUUCCCCUAGUGGUGAAGAGCGUACACUGCGCCACCGUACUAUCUGAUAUCCUGCGGCGCUGCACCAUGACAGCACCGGGCCUUGCUGGCAUUCCCGGCCGCAGGAACUCUGGGAAACUGAUGUCAACAGACAAAGCACCUUUGCGCCAACUGCUGGAUGCUACAAUAAGUGCUUACAUCAACACCACACACUCCCGCCUCACUCACAUCAGCCCACGGCAUUAUGGGGAGUUCAUAGAAUUUCUUAGCAAAGCCCGGGAGACUUUCCUACUGGCUCAGGAUGGCCACAUUCAAUUUGCGCAGUUCAUAGACAACCUCAAGCAGAUCUACAAGGGCAAGAAGAAACUCAUGUUGCUGGUGAGGGAGCGGUUUGGAUGAGCUUCUGCACAGGAAAAGAAGAAACCCUGAUCACUGUUGGUGGAAUCACGUGCUUAACUGGGCAAGAUUGGCUGUAGUUUCCAUCUGAAGAGGAUUCCCUGAUUCUUCAAGAUAUGUAAACCAAAAGGCAGCAUGGCAGGAAGGGUUUCCCUUCCCACCCAUCAUUUACUUGCAAACACCUCGGCAAUACCAAAAGCUAACCAGGAAAUUGAAUACCUCUUUCCCAAAGGGCAUGGUGGACAGAGGCUGAAAGGCAAGACAGACAGCCAUGAAGGAGAGGCGGAAGCACGCUGCUCAGCCUCUUGCGUUGCCACCUGCGCUCCAGAGUGGUGGCCUUGCAAGAUGUGCAUCCUGCCAAGACUGGCAGAUUUCACCAUUUUCUGUGUGUGAAGAUCCUUAAUUAAAAACCUAAAGUUAACUGUUCUCAGGGAUUGCUUUACUAAAAGUAACAGAAGCAUUUAUGAUACUGUAAAUACAAUAGUAUAUGUGUCAAUUAUUAAAUUGUAAAGUUCUAAUUAUUUAUAA